AGACAGAUCUGAGUGUGUGGGAGUCUCAUAACCUCCUCCUUCAGUGCUGCUGCUCUGGAGCAGGACAAGGACAAGCAUCACUUUGUCUUACAAGAGCAAAGCACUCCAGCUCAGUCCAUCUCCUGCUGCCAGACCUCCAGUUAUUCAACCUGGCAAAGGAACAAAGUAAAUCCUGUGGGACUUCUGGAGAGGACUAAGGAAGAUGCUGGCUCUGGAGCUGGGGAGGCAGAGGGGCUGCUCUGCUGUCCUUGGGCUGCUCCUCACUGCUGCUCUGGUGGUGGCUGUCCAGGAUGCUUGUGAUGCUCCCCCCAGAUUCCCCUCUGCAGAGCUGAAGGAGGAACACCGUGGCACUGCCAGCUUUCCCAUCAGCUCCGUGGUGGAAUACACCUGCAGGCCAGGUUACAGGAGAAACCCUCGUGUCAGGAGCACCUUUGUUUGUGGCAUGAACAGCAGGUGGCACGGCUCAGAGGAGAUGUGUAUACCAAGGACGUGCAGCCACCCAGCCUGGCCAGAAAAUGGCAGAUUUGACACAGGAGAAUUGUCUGGGUUUCCUUUUGGUUCAGUAGUGAACUUCACCUGCAACACUGGGUACAGAUUGGUUGGAAAUCCUCAGAUUCAGUGUGUGAUUAAAAAUGACAUUGUGGCAUGGGACAAGGACAUUCCCCUCUGUGAGCCAAUACCAUGUCCCCCCCCUCCCAGUAUAGCUAACGGGGAGCACACUGGAGCCAACCAAGAGCUCUUUGAGUAUGGAGCAUCCGUCACGUACCAGUGCCACAAGGUGAAGAGGGGAGAGAGCCCUUUUUCCCUGGUGGGAGAUGCCUCAAUUUUCUGUACAACCACAGAUCACGUAAAUGGUGUCUGGAGCAAACCAGCCCCGGAGUGCAAAGUGGUUACCUGCGAGGAGCCCAGGCUGGAGCACGGGAAUCUGCUGAGCAAGCGCAGGUCCCGCUACACCUACGGCGACUCCGUCCUCCUGGAGUGCAGCUCCCGCUACUCGCUGAGCGGCAGCGGAGCCUCCACCUGCGGAGGGGACGGGCUCUGGGACCCCCCCCUGCCCCGCUGCCAGCGCAGUAGCUGUGAUGACCCUCCAGAUGUGGAUAAUGCUUUUAAAGCAAAGCUUGCUGGCAAUUUGUUUCCUGUGGACACCGUCAUUACCUACGAGUGCAGGGAGGGCCACCAGUUCAGCCCGGGAGAAACCACACAGCACAUUAAGUGUCUGCCAGAUUUUACAUGGACUGAAACACCAGAUCCUUGCCAGAGAGUCCAGUGCCCAAACCUAAACAUCAGGAAUGGAAAGCCCUUACAUGCACAGGAAGAAAGAGACACUUACAUGUAUGGAGACAGGCUUGAAAUCACCUGUGAUGAGGGCUUUGCUUUCAGAGGUCACAGCAGAACCGUGGUGCUUCAGUGUAUGAGUGAUGGGAGAUGGGACUCAGCUGUCCCCGAGUGCACCCCAGUACCUCGUUGCCCAAAACCAGAUAUUCCUCAUGGAAUAGAGAUCUAUAAAAGCAAAACUGACUACGGAAUUUGGACCCAGUUGAGGCUGGCAUGUGAUCCAGGCUAUGUCCUCAGGGGCCAGGACUCAACCCAGUGCCAGGCAGAUGCCAGCUGGGCUCCCCCAUUGCCCUUCUGUGAUAAAGCCUGUGCUCCCCCUCCAAAAAUCCCCCACGGGCAGCACUCUCUCUCCAGCUGGACACAGUUCCCUUAUGGCACCAUGGUGACCUACAGCUGCCUGGAUGGUCUGUCCCUCAUUGGGGAUGAGUCCAUCUACUGCACCUCUGAUGAUGGGGUGAACCUGACGUGGAGUGGACCUGCCCCGGAGUGCCAGCUGGUUCGGUGCCCCAAGCCUGUGGUGGAGAGGGGAAGGAUGUCCCAGCAGAGGUUCACCUUCCCCUUUGGGGUGUCUGUGCAGUUCUCCUGCCUGGAAGGUUUCAAGCUGCGUGGGGAUGCUGAGAGCCGGUGCCUGGAGGAUGGGUCCUGGCACCCUCCCCUGCCCUCCUGCCAGCCAGUUCACUGCCUCCCACCCUCUGGGCAGGAGAAUGUUUUGCUUUACUCCUUGAAAAAACUGCAGUACGAGGUGAAGGAAACUGUGAGCUUCUCCUGCAGAGGUGAUGGAUAUCCAUCUGGGCGUUUAGAAACCACCUGCUCAGCUGAUGGCACUUGGAAUCCACCGUUUAGAUGUAAAAAGCGUGACACGUGUGACAAGAUUCUUCAGAACAGGGAAGUUUUCCAAUGUGGAAUUCCCCUGGAUGAACUGAAGACUCUGCUGGAAGUCCAGAAACUCUACUUGGAGAUCCAGAAACUUGAAAAGGAGCUGAAAACCAGAGCGUAUGGGAUGGCCCGGCCCCAGCCCGCCCCGGAAAGGGCUGAGCCGCUGUCAUACGGUCCCGGCACCGGGAUCUGGAUCGGGAGCAGAGCCAUGGAGCUGCUGUGGCUCUGUACGGUGCUGCUGGCCCUGCCCGGAGCCUGGGGUGACUGCCAGAAGCCGCCCAGAUUCUCCUUCGCGGAGCCCCUGAUGCCCCUGAACGAAUCCUACCCCGUGGGGACCAGGCUGAUGUUCCGGUGCCGCCCGGGAUACACCGUGGCCAGGGGCAAGUUCCCCUUCAUCACCUGCCUGGCCAGCUCCAGCUGGUCGGAGAACCCCGACUUCUGCAUCGGAAGGUCCUGUGGUCCACCAGACAUCCCGAAUGGCAACUUUGACUACAAGACUGACCUGCAGUUGGGUGCCACCAUAACCUUCACCUGUGACAUUGGGUACCGGUUAAUUGGGAAGCCCUCUGCCCAGUGUGUGAUUGAUGGCAAUGAUGUUUCUUGGAAUAAUAUUCCAUAUUGUGAAAUUAUUCCCUGCUUACCACCUCCUGUGAUCCAGAAUGGGCAGCUCAUCAGUGAGGACAGAGACUUCACCUUUGGCAUGGCUGUCACCUACAGGUGUGAUGAAGGGUUUGCUCUGGUUGGAGAUGACACAAUUCACUGUACAGCGAGUGAGGAGCUCCAGGGAGUGUGGGGUGGGACAGUCCCUGUUUGCAAAGUGGUCAGAUGUGAUAAUCCAGAGGUGAAAAAUGGGAUUAGAUUAUCUGGCUUUGGCACUGCACACACCUAUAAAGACUCAGUGAGCUUUAAGUGCCAACCUGGUCACACAAUGAAAGGCAGCAACGUGGUUACUUGUGAAGAAGACAGUAACUGGGAGCCACCCGUGCCAACGUGUGAGCCAAACUGUGGCCCUGCCCCACAGUUCCCUUUUGCUGAGGCUGAGGGUGCUGUGGGUGACAGCUCUCCUGCAGGAACAGAGCUGAGCUACCACUGCAAGCCAGGCUACACAGCAGCAAGUGAGAAGAGCUCUGUGGUCCAGUGUCAGGAUGAUGGGACUUGGGCUGCAGAGCCAGACUUCUGUACACGGCAGCAGUGUGCACCUCCCACCAUAGAGAAUGGGGCUGUGACUGCAGACAAUUUCCUAUUUGGGACAGUUGUGACUUUCUCCUGUCAUCCUGGGUAUAAAUUAAAGAAGUCAUCUUCUGCCAAGUGUGUGGUAGCAGGAAAUGGGGUUGAUUGGGAUCCAGCACCUCCCUACUGUGAAAGGCAGCCCCCUGAAGUCCUCUGUGGAGAGCCCCCCAGGAUUGACAACGGGAUGCACAAUGGAACAAAUGGAAAAAGCUUUGUCCAAGGCUCCGUGGUGGUUUAUAAAUGCAAGGAUGGCUUCACCCUUGCUGGAGCUGCUUUUCUCCAGUGCGUUGCAGGAGAUCAGCGCUGGGGAGUCUGGAACCAGCCCGCUCCUCAGUGCAGAGGUGGAGCAGACGUGAUCCUUGUUGAGGUGACAUGUCCUCAGCCACCAAACAUUGCCAACGGGCUGCACACUGGACACUCCUUGGCCAAGUUUUCCCCGGGUGUGACCCUGCACUACAGCUGCCAGGAGGGCUACGAGCUGGUGGGGAACACGUCUGUCACCUGCACAGAGAGGGGGGUGUGGAGCAGGACCCUGCCCCGCUGUGAAGCAAUCGGGUGUGAGGUCCCCGAGGUGCAGAACGGGAAGGUCCAUGAGGUGCAGAGCACCUACAGAGCUGGAGAGACUCUUCACUUUGACUGUGACACUGGUUACGUGGCAGAGGACACCUACGAGGCUCAGUGCCAGCCGGGGGGGACCUGGGAUCCCCCGGUGCUGCUCUGUGAGAGGGUCAGACCAUGCCCCACGCCUCCCAGGGUCCCCAAUGGAAGCCACAGCGGGCAGGGCAGAGCCUUUUUUCCCCUGGGGAUGGCUGUGACAUACACCUGUGACCCUGGCUACUACCUGGUUGGCAAGGCUGUGAUGUUCUGCAGAGCCUCAGGGAACUGGAGCCAGCCCGGCCCUCGCUGUGAAGAGACUGUCUGCAUAAACCCAGAGCUCAGGAAUGGGAGGCAAAUCGGUGGCCAAGGACUUCUCUCUGCACCUGGGCAACUGGUGACAUUUCAGUGUCAGGCUGGUUACAGCCUGCAAGGCAGUGCUGGAAGCCUCUGCCAGGAGGAUGGGAGCUGGAACCCUCCUGUGCCCACCUGCAAGAGGUUGCACCAGGAGCAGGAGCUCCCGAGCAGCUCUGAACUGCCAGGGAAAAAAUGCAGUCAUCCUGGUGAGCCUGUGAAUGGGAAAAUCAGCUCCCUGACAGAUCUGCUCUUUGGGUCAACAGUGCAGUACAGCUGUGAGGAAGGGCACAGGUUAAUUGGACAAGCCAGCAGACGGUGUCAGAUUUUUGGUGGACGUGUUGCAUGGAGUGGCCAAGUUCCCAUCUGUCAGAGAAUCCCUUGUGAGCCACCUCCAGACAUUCCCAAUGGGAAGCACACGGGCAGCCUGCUGGAUGAAUUCCACUAUGGCACAUCCAUAACUUACACCUGCAACCCCGGGUACCCACUCCAGGGAGAAUCCUCCAUCCACUGCACCACCCGGGAUGGGAAAAACGGGGUGUGGAGUGGCCCCCCCCCUCACUGUGGAGGUAGGGUUGUGUCUGCAAAGGCAACAUGUCCUGUCCCACGGGUCCCAAAUGGGAAAAUAGUGUCUCCUAGGGCUGCCUACAGCCACAAGGACACCAUUGCCUUUGAGUGUGAGCCAGGCUACAUUCUCCGUGGCCACAGGGUGCUCCAAUGCCAACUCAAUAGCACCUGGGAGCCCCCCGUGCCAGUCUGCGAGCAGGGCAAGUACAGGCUGGUUGGGAGCUCUCAGAGAACGUGUGAGGUCUCUGGCACUCGUGUGUCCUGGAGUGGAGAUGCUCCUGUCUGCCAGCGUAUCAUCUGUCACCCCCCUCCAGACAUCCCCCACGGGUCACACAGUGGGCACUCGAGGGACACCUUCUCCUACGCUGAUGUUGUCACCUACACCUGUGACCCAGGCCACUCUCUGGCUGGAAAUCCCUCCAUCACCUGCACCACGGUGGAUGGGGAGCACGGGGAGUGGAGUGGGGCCCCCCCACAGUGUGGAGGGGUGAGGUGUCCCCCUCCUCCAGGCAUUGCCAAUGGGAAGCACAGUGCCCAGCCCUGGGACACCCACCCCCCAGGCUCAGUUGUGCAGUACAGCUGCAUCCAUGGUUAUUCCCUCCUGGGAAACUCCUCCAUCAGCUGCACCCCCGAGGGACGCUGGAGCCGGCCCCAGCCCCGCUGUCAAGCCACGGGCUGUGAGAGACCAGAGAUCAGGAAUGGAAACCCAGCUGGGCCAGGGACCACGUACAGGCUUGGGGAGGUCGUUGUCUUUGAUUGUGAUUUUGGUUACACCUUGAAGGGCUCCCAGGAGUCUCAGUGCAAGUUUGGGGGCACAUGGGACCCUCCUGUCCCCAGCUGUGAAAAGAUGCUGCAGUGUCCUUCCCCUCCAAAUAUCCAAAAUGGCCAGCACGACAGCAAGGAUGUGGCAGUGUUCACCCCUGGGAUAUCAGUGAGGUAUUACUGUGACCCAGGCUACAUCCUCACUGGGGAACCAACAGUUUCUUGUUUGCUGUCUGGGACCUGGAGCAUCCCUUCCCCCCGCUGUGAGGUGAUCACUUGCACAAACCCCAGCAUCCAGGGAGGAGAAGUGGCUGGGGGACAGAGUGCUUUGUACCAUCCUGGGGACAAUGUCACCUUCCAGUGUCACCCUGGCCAUGUGCUGCGGGGCAGCCCUGAAGCCAAGUGCCAGCCCGAUGGCCACUGGGCACCUGCUGUCCCCACCUGUGAGCCAGGGCAUCUGUGUCCCACCCCCUCGGUGAUUGCCCAUGGGCAGCACGAUGGUCAGGAUGUGGAAGUGUUUGCUCCUGGGAUGUCUGUAAACUACAGCUGUGACCCUGGCUAUUCUCUCCUUGGGAAAAGAACUCUCUACUGUAUGGCCAAUGGCACCUGGAGCAUCCCACACCCUCGGUGUGAAGGGAUCAACUGCACGAGCCCCGACAUCCCGAAUGGGGUCGUGGCUGAAGGACAGAGCUCUGGGUACCAUCCCGGGGCCAAUGUCACCUUUCGUUGUCACCCAGGCUAUGUGCUGCAGGGCAGCCACGAGGCUGUGUGCCAGCCUGAUGGCCACUGGGUCCCUGCUGUCCCCACCUGUGGGCCAGUGCUGCAGUGUCCCUCACCUCCAAAGAUUGACAGAGGACAUCACAACGGGCAGGACUUUGAAGUUUUCACUGUUGGGGUGGUCUUGAAUUACAGCUGUGACCCUGGCUACAGCCUCCUGGGAGAGGCAUCCAUUGCCUGCACUGACUCUGGGAACUGGAGCCUCCCCCUCCCUCAGUGUGCAGGGAAAGAGUGUAAAUUCCCAGAAGCACCAAAGAAUGGCAGAGUUGUUGUUCUGACAAAUCAGCUUUUUGGGGCAGUUGUGAGCCACACGUGUGAUGAAGGUUCUGAGCCCUGGGAUUGGGACUGGAAAGAACAAUCAGCUUGGAUCCCACCUGGCUCCUCACGUCAGCUCUGUUUGUCUCUCCCUGACUUUCCAGCUGUGAGAUGUCUCCAUCCCCCCAGCAUCACCAACGGGAAGCUCGAAGGCAACACCUCGGACACUUUUCCUUAUGGAGCAGCUGUAUCCUACAGCUGCAAUCCAGGUUAUUCACUCCUUGGGAACGCUUUCAUCAACUGCACAGGCUCAGGAACCUGGAGCCAGCCACCUCCUCAGUGCAAAGAGGUGAGAUGUGUAUUCCCAGAAGUUGAAGGUGUUAAGAAAGCCAUACAAGGAAAUACUUAUCCCUCGGGGACUAAUGUCACUCUGGAAUGUGAUGAUGGUUACACGCUGGAAGGCAUUAGCCAGAGUCAGUGCCAAGAGGACUUCACCUGGGACCCUCCUCUACCAGCCUGUAAACUCACAUCACACAAAGCAGGUCCAGCAGGCCUAGGAGUGGCAGCUGCAGGAGUUCUGCUUCUCCUGGGGGCAGGAAUUGUCUGGAAAAUUAUUUCUAAGCAGAAGGAAGGCUAUUACAACACAUAUGAAACCAGCAGCUACCAAACCCCUCUGAACCCCUGUGUCGGGGCGGUUCGCGCAUGCGCUUGGGCCCCGCGCUGCGUCUCGGCUGCCGCCCCGGUGCGGGGUGAGGGGCGCGGAGCCGCCGCUCCCGUGAUGGGGCCGCCCCCUCCCCUUCUCCUCCUUCUCCUGGUGCUGCUGUCGUGGUUCGGCGGAACGUGGGCUCAGGACACGUGUAGGGCUCCGGAGAGGCUGCAGGAUGCUGAGCUCCAGGAGGGUUUCAGCUCGGAGCAGAGUUUUCCCGUUGGGAGCUCCGUGUCCUACGUCUGCCGGCCGGGAUACAUGGCAAUCCCUGGAAAACCAUCAACUCGGACCUGUGGUGAAGACUUGGAGUGGUCUCCUCUGGAGCAGUUCUGCACAGAGAGAAAAUGUAGACAUCCAGGAGAACUAGAACAUGGUUUUAUUAAUGUAACAGAUCUUACAUUUGGUUCCAAAGCUACUCUUUCCUGUGAAAGAGGAUUCAGGUUACUUGGAGCUGAUGAAAUUACCUGUGUAAUUCAGAAUAAAGGUGUUGACUGGGAUAAAGAUCUUCCUUUCUGUGAGAAAAUUCCUUGUAAACCACCUCCCAGCAUAGCCAAUGGGCACUUCACUGAAGCAGACCACUAUGUUUAUCAGACAUCAGUGACCUACAGGUGUGAUGAGGUCCCCAGAGGCUCAGAUCCCUUCUCCCUAAUUGGCUCAGCCACAAUUUUCUGCACAUCUGAUGAAAACUCAAAUGGAGUUUGGAGUGAACCACCUCCAGAAUGUAAAGUGGUCAGAUGUGAUAACCCAAGAGUUGAAAAUGGAAGAAAAAUAUCUGGAUUUAGACCUUUCUAUAGCUAUAGGGAUGCAGUCAUGUUUGAGUGUGAUCCAGGCUAUUCCAUGACUGGAGCAGCUGUAAUUACCUGUAGAGAAAAUAACACCUGGUAUCCUCCUAAACCAACUUGUGAAAAAGUUCCUGGUGGUCAGUGUAGUACCCCAGAGAUCACCCAUGGAGUGGUGAUUCCAGAGAAGUCUGUGUAUGGAGAAGGAGAAUCUGUUCAGCUGCAGUGCAGUGCUGGCUACACCUUUCCUGGGGGUGCUAAAGAGAUAACAGUGACUUGUCAAGGACAGGAUACCUGGAGCUCUUCACAGAGCUGUGUGUGUGAGCCUGCAAGUCCUGGUUUCACCCCACACAUUAAUUAUGGUAGAGUAAUAGAGGGAGAAAAACCUUCCUAUUCUGCUGGGGAUGUCAUUACAGUUGAGUGUUAUGCAGGCUACACGUUACAUGGGGAAGCUCGGAUUGAGUAUCUUGGAGAAAACAAGUGGAAUCCUGGAGUCCCAACUUGCCAGCUAAGUGCAUAUGUUAUUGCCAUCAUCUGUGUGAUUGUGGUAAUUGUGGUGUUCCUGGCAGCCUUCUGGGCCUACAAGAAAUUCUUUUCACAAAAUGGCUCAUACACAGUUGAUGAGAGUUGCAAGGAAACAUGUGUUUUAAAAUCUAAUGUACCAGCUGAGAUGGAAGAAACUGCACACAUGAGUUAAUUGAAUCUUAAAAAGGAAACGUGACAGCACUCCAUGUACUGACGAAUAUAAGAUCUGUAAAGCAUGAGUGACCCUUUUUGGGGGUGGGGGGGGAAUUUCCACUUGAGUAUCCCCACCAGAAAUGGAAAUUGUUUGCACUUCCACUGAGUUCUGUAGAUGACUUCUCUUGUACCAUGUCACAUACUACUGAUUAACUGUGGUAGGAGAUAAUGAAUAGGAUAAAAACAACCUAUCUAUCUAUCUAUCUUUGCUUUUCUUCCUGUGCCACUCAGACUGUCUUUCCUGUGGAUGUGAAAUGGUCUUAAAGGCACCCAGAGCUGUAGCCUGCAAGUGUCUGGAGCACUGGACAUGUAGUGCUACCUCUUUUCUUACAGAAUGUCCAAUAUUGGUGCUCCUCACUAAAAUCUGAAUGUGCUUCUUGUUCA